UUCCAUAUGCAGCAUGUGUGAAGCAUUUUCUACGCUUAUUUUUGUUGGUUUAAAUGGACAGGACUUACAGUCAUGAUAACAAAUAGCUAUAAAAGACUUCACGAUGGAAGAGACAAACUUGAUAGACUUACAGAUCUUCCUAUUAAUGUCAUACACCAAAUUCAAGAGCUCAUGACUAUUGAGGAUGCCGCAAGAAUGAGUGUCUUGUCCAGUGACUGGAGAUAUAUUUGGGCUUCAAAUCCAAAGCUCACAAUUUCUGCGAACUUCUGCAGAAAGGGAAAGCAAUCAAGCAUAACAGACAUCAUUAAUAGAGUACUAUUGCAUCACUAUGGACCCAUUAAGACAUUUCUCCUUGAUCUUUCAAUAAUAAAUCCUUCUGAGCACUCAGUUAUUGAUCUAUGGAUGCUACAUUUGUCAAGAAAUGGUCUUGUGGAUCUCACCCUUCGGUGUUUAGAACAUCUCAAUACUCCUUAUAAGUUGCCUUCCUCUGUGUACGGUGUAGAGCUAGAACAUUUGAAUCUCUCAAACUGCAUUUUCAGGCCACCAUGCAGUUUUAGAGGGUUCCAAAAGCUGAAAAGCCUUUCACUAAAUCGAGUCUCGUUUCAAUUAGAUGUUGCAUCUUCUUUCCUCUGUGUUCCAAACCUUUUAGAUCUGAUGUUUACACAGUGUAGUGGUCUUCAUCACUUGAAUAUAUAUGCCCCAGAACUCUUAUGUUUAAAAUUUUGCAAUUGUGGAAUUGACACAAUAAAAUGGAUUUCAUUCAAGGACUGCCGAAAGGUAAUAUUUUUUGCAGUUAUGCCACAACAAGAAGUUUCACAAAACGGACAACAUGAAGCAAUGAACUUGGUAAAACUUCUCGGCAGCUUGCCUGAAGUUAGAGCACUUAUCUUGGACGGAUGCUCCCUCAAGUUUUUGGCUUCUAGUAAUGUAGCAAGGAGGCUGUCAACGAUACUCAAUCACUUGGUCAAUCUCGAAUUUUAUCUAUUCGAUUUUAAUGAUGAAGAUCAAAUUUGUUCCCUUCUAUGCAUUCUUAGAAGUUGUCUGAAUUUGAAGUUACUUAACCUUCUGUUGAGUCGGAUCAAGAAUGGUUCCAGGAAAGUAGAUUCAAAUCAGUUGAAAGGACAAGGUUGCGGGAUUGAUGAACUCAAUAACCUUCAAACUCUGGGAAUACAUGGAUUCCAUGGUUCAAAAGUGGAAUUGCGGUUUGUAAGGUUAGUACUGGCGUCUGCCCCUAUUCUCGAGAAGAUGACCAUUAACGUAGAUGAAGAAGUUAGUGAAAGGAAGGCAACUAAGAUCUCUAAGAUCAUUGGCGUUUUCGCCUAUUCUCGACCAGCUCUUACACAAGUAAUAUGCCAAAGGCAUCAGCAUUGAAGCAGCUUCCUUUCGUCUAUAAAUAGGGAGUCAAAACAAUUCAUAUACUUUGUAGUCUUUAUGCUAGGCAUUUCUAUACUUUAUUGACUUUCUAGUCUUUAUUUUUAUAACAAUUUAUGAUUUUAUUUAACAUUUUAUUUUC